AUGAAUUCAAUCAAUCAAUCAAUCUAUCUAUCUAUCUAUCUAUCUAUCUAUCUAUCUAUCUAUCCUUGUCUAUUUAUAUCUAUCUAUCUAUCUAUCUAUCUAUCUAUCUAUCUAUCUAUCUAUCUAUCACUUUUUGUUCAUAUCUAUCUAUUGCUCAAAUGUCAAAUUGACUCUGAUACUGCCGAAUUGCACCCAGAGGUGACAACAGUCUGCCUGCAAUGGGCGAAAAAUUGUCACCUUACUUAUGUCAAUCUGCAACGAAUGACUUUACUGGCUGGCGACAAGCUCAUUUUUUCCUUUUCAUUCUUUCUUUUUCAUAUUCUUUUCAUCUAUUUCUCUCGUCUCUUUUCUUUCUUUCUUUUAUCCUCUGUUUUCUUUUUCUUCAUUUCGCUUUGUCUUGCUACUUCCUUCUUUCUUUCAAGGAUUUCAAUUAUUUCAAUCUGUUCAUGUGAUUAUCCUUUCGCCAUUCAAUUGCUUUUUGUUCUGUUGUGUUAUACCUUCUUUUUUCUUUCUUUUCUUUUACUUUCUUUUCAUUUUCUUUCUUUCUUAAAGGCUUUUCUGCUUUUCUCACAUCUAAUUCUAAAUUUUUAUUCUUUCUCCUUCCUUACAUUAUUUCUUUUUCCUCUUUGUCACCUUGUUUUAAAUUUUCAUUAUUUUUCAUUUAAAUUUUCUUCCUUUCUUUCUUUCUUUCUUUCUUUCUUUCUUUCUCUCUUUCUUUCUUUCGUUUUUACCAAUAUCUGUAUGUUUCUUGAUUCGCAACAACAAACAGACUCAAAUAUUCACCUGGCUGCACACGCCUAUCUACCCUUACAGACACAUAUUAUCAGGCUUAUGCAUUUUUUUCUCUCUCUUCUCUUGCAACUACGCAUUGUUCUUAUCUAUCCCCUUUGA